UAGGACCAGAGGCACAGUCUCAGAAUAGAGGGUCUGUUUAGAACAGAGAUGAGGAGGAAUGUAUUUAGCCAGAGGAAGAAGAAUGUGAAAUUCAUUUUCACAUGUGACUAUGGGGGCCAGGUCAAUGGGUAUAUUUAAGGCAGAGGUUGACAGGUUCUUGAUUAGUCAGAAUGUGAAAGGUUACAGGAUGAAGGUAGGAGAAUGGAGGUUGAGAGAGAAAAUGGAUCAGCCAUGAUGAAAUAGCAGUGCGGAUUUGAUGGGUCGAAUGGUCUACUUCUGCUAUGUCCUAUAGUCUUAUGAGUCUAGGCUGGUUUUCUUAAACCUUCAAAAUGUGGUAAAAUCGCCUCAGUUCCUUGCAGACUACAUCUUGGUCAUUCCAUCGGGAGGUGGCGAUGAAUUCCCCACUUCACCACUCUCCGGCUGCACUUUGAAGACACCGAGAGGCGACUCCCACCUUCUGUUAGAUCAUCCUAACGUAAGGCGGAGCAAAGAUCGCUGUUUUUCACUGUAGAUUGAUCAUCUGAACGAUAUCUAUGUCUCUCAGAUACCGGAGCCAUUUCCAAAGCGUGGCAGGAGCGCAGUCCUCCCGGCGGUAGGAGGCGAAGACAGAGAGACCACGAAGCGCCGCCAAGGUCUUCGUCGCCUAGCAACGCAGAUGGCUGUAGAUUUUGAAUUGCUGCUAGCGAAUUUAAUUUCAUCUUCGCGUGGUUUAUAAUGGACGUUCCGUCCAUCCACCGAUGUCUUUGGCUUUGUGCUGAAAAUGAGCACUUGCAAAGAAAACUCAAGAAAUACCGUCAGAAGAAUGAACUGCUGGAGACUCAGCAUUCAGAAAUCCAGGAAAAACUACGUUUGCAGCAGCUGAUGAGGGAUUUUGUAACCUCCAGAGAUGCUCAAGUACAGACUGAACCUCAGCAAUGGCAUAGAGCUGGCUUUAAAGAGGAUAAUGCUACAAAAGCUGAUGUAAAGAGGAAUCAGCUAUUGCAGACAUACAAUGCCCUUCAGAAACAAUAUGAAGAAGAACUUAAAACCAUCAAAGAACAGAGAGAAACCAUUUCGAAGCUCACUAUGAUGAAUCAUGAGUUAGAGCUACAGCUAAUGGCCUCUAAGCAAAAAAUUCAGCAGCUGCAGCAGACACAAGUGGAGAGAAAGCAAAGAACGUCUAUGCUGGAACGAGACUCUGCAUCUCGCAAAUGUAUGUCUGGUGGUUCCAGUGCUUGCUCACCUGGCUGCAUUAACAUCGAACUUCUCUUCAUGGUAGAAAGACUGCAAAAGGAAAAGGACAGACUUACAAAGGAGAAAAACAGCUUGAAGAAUGAGUUGGCUGGACUGGAUAAGGGGUUCUUUGAAGAAAUUGAAGAUUUGAAGUAUGCUCUGCAUGAAUCUGCUAAACUGAAUAAAGAAUAUGAGAAGUGUCUACAAAAAAUGUGUGAAAAACAUGGGCUUCCAUUUGUCCAUGUGUCCAGUGGUCACAAAAUUGACAAAAUAUAAUUCAUUUAUUAAUUAGUAAAUUAAUUUUGAAGAAUAUUAAAGUCUGUUUCUGAGAUAAUUGAGCUCCAAAGGCAAAAAUAAAUCUGCAAAUACUAGAAAAGUGAUAAAACAUAAGACUGGAAAUAUUCAGUGAGAGGUAGGAGAAAACCAGUAUGAGAGAGGAAGAACAGCAGUCCAAACAGUGUCUGAGCAGCAGGAGUUACCAAGUUAAUCUGAAUUGUGCCAGUCACCUGAGAGAGCUACUUUAGGAUUUCAGCAAAAAGAAAAGAUUCCCAACUACAUCUAGAUUAAAUGGCACAUAUUUUUGCGAUGUUUGAAGCUACUAUGUUCUGAUUCAGAGUGCUACCACCAAAUUAAGGACAUUUCUUUAUUGCAUUAUUUUCAAAUGCACUUCCCUCUGGUAUUUUGGCUGAUAUUAGGAUGACAGCAUUGUGGUUAAGUUACUGGACCAGUAUUUAGAGCUAUUAAUCUGAUGAGGCUGCCUUGUACUAUAGCAUGGGAGCCUUAAAUUCAAAUCAUUAAAUAUAUUUGGAAUAAAAAGCUAAGUUCAGGGACUGUGAUCAAAAAAAUGACUCAGUUAUUAAGGAAGGAAAGCUGAUGAAUUUAUCUGGACUGUCUUGUGUGUUUCUACACCCACAUCAAUGUGUUUGACUCUCAGCUGGUCCAUAAAGUGCCUUAACAGAUACUCAAAUAUUCACAAUGCCAAUCAGCAACAAUAAAUGCUGGCAACCCCAAUGACACCCACAGCCCAUGAUGGUGCCAAUAUAGAGAAAAAUUCUGGUUGGCAUUGUCAUUCAUUUCUUCUUUUGCUUUGGGUUCCAGUAAAGCAACAGGUUAAAGCCUGCUUUGUGAUGUUAAUGAAGAAACAAUGGAAUAAUUGUGAGUUGAUUUAAAUUGUGUGCAAUAACAAGUAAUUAUUAACAGGUCUGAAGUUCUAUGGCCUUGCUUGUUGCUUGAUUUUCAUUACCGAUCUGGAAUAGGUUUUGGAAGUUUACUUUAUUGCCACCAAGCAAUUGAUACUAGAGUGUACAAUCAUCACAGUGUUAUUUGUUUCUGCGCUUUGUGCUUCCUGAAGUACAAAUCAAAGUAAAUAUAAUAAAAAUUUAAAUUAGUAAUCAUAAUUAGAAAAUAGAAAAGGGAAAGUAAGGUAGUGUAAGUCAGGUCUAGAUAUUUGGAAGGUACAGCCCAGAUCUGGUGUUCCGAUGUUUAGACUAUCAAAACCACAACAAGGGUUAACAAAGUCAAAAUGAACAUGAUGGGUUAGGGCAAAUAUGACAGCUGUUAUCUUAUAGUACAAACGUGUUUCUUAUAGUACAAACGUGCUUGAGUCAGAAAUUUGUUGCUAAAGCUGCAGGCACCAAGUGCUCAUGAGUUGCUGCACCAUUAGAGGUCUCUCCAAUACAUCAUUAAGCUGAACUCACCGUCUCCCCACACUAAUGUGUCACACAGUGAGUUUGUGGGGAGAGCCAAAUUAACCAUCCAAAGAACCAAGCACUGAUUUUUUACUCAUGUCUUCCUAACUGCUUCAUUAAUCACCUUUCAUUUGCUCCUUCCCACCUUACUUUCACCCAUGCUCUUUCAGUCAUACACCAAUACAGCAUGGAAACAGGUCCUUUGGCCCAAUUGGUCCAUGCUAACUACAGCUUCUACCUCGCUAAUCAUAGUUGCCUGCAUUUGGCCCAUGAUCUUCCAUUCUCCACCUCUCCAAAUGCCUUUUAAAUGUUGCAAGUGUGCCUUCCUCGACUACUUAAGGCAGCUUGUUCCAAGUGAUAAGUAUCAUCUAUGUGAAGAAGGUACCUCGUGGGUCUCUUUUAAAUCACAGCACAUUACAGGCCCUUUGGCCCACAAUUUUCUGCCAACCCUGUAACCUACUCUAGAAACUGCCUAGAAUUUCCCUAGUGCACAGCCCUCUAUUUUUCUAAGCUCCAUGUACCUAAGAGGCUCUUAAAAGAGCCUAUUGUUUCUGCUUCCACCGCUGCUGCCAGCAUUGCAUUCCAUGCAUCCACCAUUCUCUGUGUGAAAAUCAUACUCCUGACAUCCCUUCGGUACCUAUUUCCAAACACUUUAAAACUACGCCUCCUAGUGUUAGCCAUUUCAGCCCUGGGAAAAAGCCUCUGGCUAUCCACGUGAUCAAUGCCCAUCAUCAUCUUAUACACCUCUCAGGUCACUUCAUCCUCCGUCGCUCCAAGGAGUAAAGGCCAAGUUUAGUCAACCUCAUAAGGCAUGCUCCCCAAUCCAGGCAACUUUCUUGUAGAUCUCUGCACUCUCUCUAUAGUAUCCACAUCCUUCCUGUAGUAACAUGACCAGAACUGAACACAGUACUCCAGAGCAAGGUGCACAACUCAGUACAUAUAACUCACACACAUAACACAUAGUAAAGUGAUAUUAUCUCAAAUAAAUUAACAAAUAAUAAGGUGCAUAUACGAUACAAGUUAAAAAGUAAACAGUAUAACAAUACUGGUGUUUCAUACCUAACACAAUACACUAAGUGCAGUCUCACCAAUGACUAUAAUAUCCCUACUUCUAAAUUUGAUGUCUUGACUGAUGAAGACCAGCUUGCUAAACAUGUCUUCAAUACCCUGUCUACUUGCAUGAACUUUGCACUUGUAUUCCCUGAUCACUCAAUGCCCUGCCAUUCACUGUAUAAAUACUAAACUGGUUUGACUACUCUAAAUGCAUCAUCUCACACUUACCUAUGCUAAAAUCCAAUUGCCAUUUCCCUGCCUAACUGAUCAAGGUCUUUGCAAUUCAGUGUAAUCUGGAAGGCACACUCUCCUGGUGUUUUUUCUGUGGCCACAAAUCUUAUGUCUGUCUUCCUCACUGUCAAGUUUCCUAUUACUAUCUUCAUCCUUGAUCCUUGCACUAAUGAUUGGAAAGAGCCAGUUUCUGGUCUAAUCAAAUACUCAUGUCACUUGGACUCCUAAUAUAAGCUCUGCACAGUUGAACAGGAGCAAAGACUGGAACCACUUUCUGAUGAUGAGACCAUUAAACUGCAAGGCCAUUCUUCAAAUAACCAAGAUUGGGCAAUAGUCCUUGAGCGAGUGAACCAGGAGCAAAUCUGUUCAGACAAAAGUAAGCCUCACAGGGGUAGGGUAGUGAGUGUAAGUUGGCAAUCAGAAGGGACAGAACGCUUGCUAGGGACUGUGAGGCUGUAAGGUUGGUGACCUAUUAUCAAUGCUUUCAGAUUUCUGACAUUAAAUUGCUUACCAGUAGGAAGAGUUAUCCACUCUACUCAGAGACCCAUCAUUGUCUUGAAAACAAUUAUUAGGCCCUCCUUAAUCUUCUGUUCCUGGGAUAGCAGUUCUAAACUUUCUAAUCACUCCACCCACCCCCACCCCCACCCCCAUAUGCUUCAUCUCUCAUCCUGGAAACUGAUUGAAUUCCCUUUUUUUCAAAAGCCCUCUGGUGCCUUGAAUUGUUCACAACACUGCAGCUGAGGCCCAACAGUAAUAAACAAAGUUGCACCAUGAUAUGAUCUUAUUCUCUAUGACAUGUAAACAUUAAAGAUUAAGAUCUUUAAAGAUUAGCUUUCUUUGUCAUGUAUAUCGAAACAUGCAGUGAAAUGUGUCGUUUUGUGUCAUCAACCAACACAUUCUGAGGAUUGUGCUGGGGGCAGCCUGCAAGUGAGACCAAACUUCUGGCACUAAUAUAGCAUAUCCACAACUCACUCACUCUAAACCUAACCGUGCAUCUCUGGAAUGUGGGAGGAAACCCACAAGGUCACGAGGAGAAUGUACAAACUCCUUACAGACAAUGGUGGAAUUGAAUGCUGAUCAGUGACUACCAGCAUUGUAAAGCAAUUGCACUAAUCACUACGCUACUGUGCUGCCCCUCUACCCAAUGAUUUGACAUAUUCUUGAUGCAUGCCUAACCUUUCUAAAAUAAUGUUAAUUUAUAGUGCAGGGACUUUCAUGCCUCACAUGGUACAUCCAUAUUUCUGUUUAUUAUAAGGAAACUCAUCUCCAGACCCCUAAGCCUGAGACUAAACUCCUUCAUUUGCAAUUGUAUCUUCAACUUCCUGACCAACAGACCACAAUCAGUAAGGAUAGGCAGCAACAUUUCAGCCAUGGAUAUUCUCAGUACUGGUGCCCAACAAAGUUGCAUCCUUAGCUCCUUAUUCUACUCCAUGUAUACUCAUGACUGUGUUGCCCGAUUCUGCUGUAACUCCAUCUACAAGUUUGAAGAUGACACUAACCGUAGUGGGCCACAUCUCAAAUAAUGAUGAGUCAGAGUACAGGAGGGAGAUUGAACACCUAGUAACAUGGUGUCAUGACAAUAAUCUUUUCCUCUGUGUCAGUAAAACAAAAGAUCUGGUCAUUGAUUUUGGGAAGGGGGACUCCCAUUUUAAUUCAACUUUCCAUUCCCAUUUUGAAUUGUCUGUCCAUGGUCUCCUCAACCACCAUGAUGAGGCCAAACUCAGACUGGAGGAACAAUACGUCAUAUUCCAUCUGGGUACUUGAUAGCAAGAACAUAAAUUUUCUAACUUCUGGUAAUUUCACCCCUUUCUUCUCUCUUUUCCCAUUCAUCAUUCCAGUUACCCUCUCAUUCCUUCUCUUCUCACCUAUAUAUCACCGCCCUCUGGUUCCCCUCCUUUUUCCCUUUCUUCCAUGGUACACCAUCUCCUAUGAGAUUACUUCUUCCACCUAUUCCUCCCAGUUUCUUUCUUCAUUCCUCCCUCCCCCACCCAUCAUCACACCCACCUUUCCCCUCACCUAGUCCCACCUAUCUCCUGUCAGGUUGUACUCCUUCACUUCACCCCACCCACUUAUUCUUGUUUACAGUCUUGACAAAGGGUCUCAAUCCAAAGCAUUGACUAUUUAUUCCCCUCCAUAAAUGACUUGCUGAGUUCCUCCAGGAUUUUUUUAUCCUUGGCACACGUGCUCCUUUUUAUAUCAAUUGUGCUUAAGUCAAGAAGGUUGAGAGUUUCAAAUUCGUAGGACUAAACAUCACCAGUAACCUGCCCUGGUUCAACCUGUUGACACCACCACCAAGAAAGCUCACCAGUGGCUUUACUUCCUCCAGAGGCCAAAGAAAUUUGGCAUUCCCCUUUGACCCUCAUCAAUUUUUAUCAAUGCACACUCAAAAGCAUCCUAUUUAGAAAUAUCACAGCUUGUUCCCGUGACAACAAGAACUACAAAGGGUUGUGGACACAGUUCAGCAUAUCAUUAGAAACCAGCCUCCCUCCAUAGACUCUAUGUAUACUUCUCACUGCAUUGGUAAACCAGCCAGUAAAGUCAAAGGCCCACCCACGCUGUAAUUCUCUCUUCUUCCCUCUCCCAUUGGACAGAAGAUACAAAAGCCUGAACCACGUACCACUAGGCUCAAGGCUGCUCAAGCCUGCUGGUGUAAGAUGAUUCAGCAGUUCCCUAGUACGAUAAGACGGAUCCCACAAUCUACAUUCUUGUGACCUUAACCAUUGUAUAUCUGUACCCUGUACAUUUUAUUCUGUACUCUGAUAUUGUUUUACUUUGCACUACCUCAAAGCACUGUUGUAAUGAAAUGAUUUGUCGGUGACAGUUUGCAAGACAAGUUUUUCACUGUACCUUGGUGUAGGUGACUAUAAUAAACCAAUUAGCA